AUGUUCAAGCGCUCGUUCAGGUCGCAAGACCCCAGCCGAGUCGACAAGGCUGCGCGCCUCAAGAAGAACAACUCAGUCCGGGAUCCCCAGAAGCUGUCGAGACUGCAACGGUCGCUCACCGAGGAGACUCAGGCCAAGCCGGUGCCAGCACCGGCGGUCAAGAGCACCUCUUUGGCCCCCGCCCCCAUCGUCACCCUGACGGUCGGGCGUGAGGGGCGGCUAUUUGCAGCGCACGAGGACGUGCUACGCCAAGCGCCGUUUUUCGAAUCGGCGUGCCGCGACAGCCACUUUUUCGACGCGCAGAGCAAGAGAAUAUCCCUUCCCGACGAAGAACCCGAGGUCUUCUCCGCCGUUCUCGAGUACCUCUACAAGGGUGACUACUACCCGUGCCUCAGGCACAACAAGCACCGCAACUCUUGGGAGCUCGAGAACACCGUACGGGGAACACCGCAGACCUCGCCCUACGUCGACACAUAUACCCCCGGAGGCGGCCGCGCCGCCGCCAGUUCCGCUUCGGCGGCAAGCCCCGCCAUGGGGCCACAAUCCGACGCCACCGUCUACGUGGCAGCGUACGGGCAGCACCUCCUCCGCGACACGGCCGUCUACUGUUCUGCGGAGCGGUACGGGCUCGAGGAGCUCAAGAGGCUGGCCCUGCGCAAGCAAGGUCUCCAGUCCGGCAUUGAUGUCGGCACGAUCUUGCGCUCCGCCCAGUACGCCUACGCCCACACGCCCGACUCGGACUCGCGACUGCGCGCUCACUACCUCGCCCUGAUCAUCCGGUGUCGCAAGACAUUCAAGAGGAGCGGGACCAUGCAGGCCGAGAUGGAGCGCGGCGGCAGCAAACUCUUUUUCGACCUAUUCGUCGCCAUGUGCAACCACCUGGACGACGUCAUUGACGUGAGCAACGCCCGUUCACCCAAGACUGUCUAA